UCCCUGGCUCUCUGUAGUGAAUGAUUCAGAGCCUGGAGUCUGCUGUGUAUGUGACAAGGAGGAGAGCAAUCUGAAGGUUGUACAGCCUCAUCUAUCAGAGGACCAUCAUCAUCCCAGGUACCCAGGAGCUGUCCAUCCACAUCACACCUCUGUACCCCCAUCCAGGUUUAAAGAACGAAUAGUUUUCAAGCAAGAUAUUUAUCCCACUGAAGAUGAUGUCCAUCAUAUACCUUUAAUUGCUUUGGGGAUACUUGUUGUGGAGGCACUUAGAAGACGUUAAUUUGUCAUCAACCUUAUCAGUGCAGAAUGCCAGCUAAAACACCAAUUUAUUUAAAGACUUCAACUCCCAAGCGGGGUAAAAAGCCAAAGUUACGGGAUGUUUUAUCAAGGGAGAUGAUAAGCCCUCCUCUGGGAGACUUCAGGCAUAGUGCUCACAUAGGACUGGAGGGACAAGAAGACAUGUUUGGGGAACUGUCCUUCUUGCAGGGGAAGUAUGAUCUGCUUCCAAACUUGGGCCGGAAGUUGACCCUGCAGAGCACGGACACCAGCCUUGACCAGGAGUUUCACCCUCAUGACAGUGAUGGAAGCUUCCGUCCCUUCCUCAAAAAUGCAGUUUCUCUUCCCGUCUUCGCUGGUACCCAAAGUAAGGAGAGAGCACCUCCAAAACCCCCCAGGCUCCACCUGGAAGAUGUCCCAAGCCAACGUUCUAUGUCUAUAAGCUAUGGAGAGGGACGCUUUCAUAGAGAAGAAGAAAUGUCCUUCUCUUCUAUCUCACAGGAGGAGAGCAGCAGGGUUUUGACAAGUUCCGCUUGUUCUUCUGAGGGUUCCAUUACUGGAAACAUGUACACACAAGAACACGGGACAGAUGAAUAUGAAGACAAGCCAGACAGCACAGAUGCUAAGAUUGUGGACACUCCAUAUGAGUCGCUAUUUGGGCUGGAGCUAGACCUUGGACCAUCCAUUUUGGAUGAUGUUCUGAGGAUAAUGGAUGGUUAUAAAGCUUCCUGACAUUGGAAAAGCAUCAACAUUUUGUAAAUAGUCAUGUAUGGACACUAUUUAUUAGUACAGAAGUGCUACAAA